AUGUUUCUACGAUUUUCCGUUAUUCUUUCGUUAUUUUUGUUGGUUAAUUUGACGCCUCUUCAUGAUGAGCGUCGUCAAACAAUUGAACGUGUGCGGCUCUACCUUCGUCAAUUCGACGUUAGUACUCGUGCUUUUUCAACAAUACCAGCGUUGGAAAACAGCAACAAAAUUGGUUUUGGAUUCGACUUACUUUCCGGUGCACCAAUAUGUUACACAGGCGAGUGUCAAAUGGCUGGAUUUACUCGUUCAAUUUUCAAACUCAACUAUACAUCACCAGUACUUGGGUCAUGCACAGAUAAAUUAAUUCCAGAGAAUGUUGAUCUCGAUUGUUUACCUGCGACUUCAUUGACAGUUGAUAGUGAGAUAAUAGAUACAAUUGAACAUUUGCACAAAUCCAUCUCAAGCAAAGUUCAAACUUCCAUUGGAGCUCAAUUUAAAGGCGUGGGAUUCUCCUAUCAAUUCUCAAAGGAAACUCGUUACAUGCUUGAUAAUAUUGUUAAAAAUCAUCAAACGUCGAUUUUCACCAAAGUUCAAAUUUCGUCUGCGAGAUUAUCUAUGUUUGAACCACGAAUGGAAUUAUCCGAUAAUUUUAAAUAUGUUAUUGAAAAUUUUCCCUGUUGUGAAGAAGAUGAUCCAGAUAUAGAAGAAUAUGCAAGAGAUUUCAUCUUCGAUUAUUUUGGAUUUACUUAUGCAUCAAGUAUUUUAUUAGGUGGAAUCGCACAACAAACCAUUCUCAUCAAUCGAGAAACUAAAGAACGACUUGAAAAACAAGGUGUAGAUGUCAAACAUGAAGCUAGCUUGGCAUUCAUUACACCAAAAGUAUCCGCAGGAACUAGCACAAGUUAUCUGGAAUCAAAAGAAGGAUCUAAAUAUGAAAAUUUCAGCAAAGAAAUACAGUCAAUACGUUCAACUUCGUUAGGUGGUGAUCCAGUUUUAGCCAAUCUGACCGAAUGGUCUAAAUCAGUUACAAAGAAUCCUGUAGUUAUCGAAUUUACUCUUCGAGAUAUUUUUCGUCUUCUUAAGAAAAACUACUUUCCAAAUGAUUUCUUGAUUACUAACAAAUCAAAAUUGAUCGAAAAAGCAUUAGAAAAAUAUAUCGGUAAUUCAAUGUUUUGUUAUAACAAUUGUGGAGGUAAUGGUACUCAUGGAACUUGUGAACCAUCAGGAUAUUUCCAGUUUGGCAUAUGUAAAUGCAAACCAGGAUGGACUGGUCCGGAUUGUGGAACGAUAUUAAUAGAACCUCCACAAAUAUUACAUGGUACUAUAUGUGGACUUUCUCGUUCGUUCAUGAAAGUUAAUUGUGGUGGUCUAGAUCCAUGGAAGGGUUGCCCAAAGGGAUGGUCUUCGUAUAGCUGGAAAACUGAUCUGACUGUUUGCUUUAAAAAUCAGACUGAAAUCAGUAGCCCUGUUCAUGGAACACUUUGUGGUCUUUAUUCAUAUCACAGUGCACCUUUUCGUUUUGAACAUAGUGUAGGUUGCAAUAUCACCACAAAUGGUUUAUCAGCUACAUGUCCAUUAGGCUAUCAAUAUUAUCAGGAUCAAAGCAAAUCGGCAGUAAACGCAAUGUGUGCAGUUGUGAAUGCAGAGAAAGAUUUGCCAGGAACAUUAUGUGGAAUGCAAAUAGGCGGAACAAUAUCUGGUCCUUCGUGCAAUGGUUAUGAUCCUGGUUUGAGCAAAUGUCCACCAAAAUACACCUUGAAAAUUACAGCUUUCAACGAUUUGGGAUUUUAUUUUUGUCUGAAAAUAUAA